AUGGCCGAUACAUUUUUCGUGUACUUGAAAAAGUAUAAAAUAGGCAUACUUCCGAUAGAGUUGUUGAAUGAAGAAACUUUCAAGAGAGCAGUGCUCAUGGGUAACAUAGUGAAAAUAGUCUGUUCACUCAAUUUUCUCUUCGCCACCAUAGCAGCCCUUGGUUUUAUAACUGCACCAGAGUACUUCAACGAGAAGACCUAUCUAUCGGUGUGGAUACAGGAGACAUUUCCAGACUACUCCAAUCUGAUGCUUCUGGUCGUACAUUGGACCAGUUUACCAGUAGCUCUUGUUAUGGUCGGAAGUUCGAUUGGUUGGGCCUAUGCUGGGACCACAGCCAUAUUUCAGAUUCAUAUAUUGAGAGAAUUCAUUGGAGCGAUCGCAAAGACAUCUUUUCCAAGAAAGAUGAGGCGAGAAUCGAAAUUGUAUCAAGAAUCAGUCAAGCAGAGGAUGAUCAUAGCUAUAACGGCCUAUGAGGUUGCAGUCGGUUUCCUCAAUUUGGCUAAUGAUAUUCUAGAACCACCUGUGAUAAUGUUUUCUAUAGGCAGUGUUAUUUUGGGUGGAUCAUUGAUGAUAGAAUUUCUCAGUAACCAAGAACAAAAUUUUGGAGAUCAGUAUGCAAUUUAUGUUGGCAUAUUCUUUUUCGCUUUGGCUGGUAUAAUUUCUGGCAACCUGUACAUUUUGAUAGGACAGGCUAUGAAAGAUGAGUCAGAAGGUUGCAAUUAUAUAAUGAGACAAUUUCCAUGGUACUACCUGAAUAAAGAGAACAAACAGAUUUACUCAAUUUUUUUGCGUCGAACAGAGAAACCUCUUUGCAUUUCCUGCAGUCUUGUUCAAAUAGAUUACUUCCUUCUCAUGAGGUAUACUAGUAGACGGCUGUGUUUGAUAUUCAUGAAAAUGUCGGAAAUUACAGCUGAUGCAGAAGUGUUAGGAAUAUACGGAAAGUUGGUUGGAUUGAAAGAGAUGAAGAGAGGCAGUAAGGACCGACUUCAACUCCUGAUACGUUUGACGUUCGGUGCAAUGAACUUUCCGCCAAUCAGAAUCAUCCUCAUCUACGUUUUUUGCCAAUAUUCUUUCGCAACCAUUUUGGCAUUGUUCCAUUUGCUCAGAAAAUUCGAUACGAAAACACUUCUGAGACACGGAUCCUUUUGCGGCUUUCAAAUUUUCGUUUUGAUCAACUUGUGGGUGAUACUUUUCUUGUCAGAAGAUUUUUAUAAGUACUUGAAGAAGUAUGAAAAGGAGUGUCUUCCUGUGGAGAUGCUGAAAGAAAAUACUCUAAAAAGGGUGGAGAUCAUGAGUAACAUACUCAAAGUGAUAUGUUGCCUCGACAUGAUAUUCGCUACAAUGGCUGCCAUUGGCUUCAUAACCGCUCCAGAGUACUUCAACGAAAAGACGUAUUUGGCGGUAUGGAUACAGGAAACAUUCCCUGAAUAUUCCACUUUUUUGCUUGUGGUGGUCCAAUUGACCAGUUUACCAGUUGCUCUUGUUAUGGCUGGUACUUCUAUUUCAUGGGCAUACGCAGGCGCGAACACUUUGUUUCAGGUGUACAUACUAAAAGAAAUGCUACAAGGAAUUUCGAAAUCGAAUAUUUCAAGGAAAAUGCGACUGGACUCGCAAAUUUAUCAAACUGAGGUCAGGGAGAAGCUGAUAAUGUCCAUAAUGGCUUUCGAGCUAGAAUUUGAGUGA